AUGCCUUUUAUUCAUGAUAUAAAAAUGGAAUCGGAAAAUAAUGACAUGUCAAACUAUUAUUCCUUCCCGAAAACCAAUUGUUUCUACGCCAACUAUAUUAAGUCACCAAUGCCUCCUUUAAUUGACUACGCGGAGUACCAAGUGAUGCAGGAUAAUACUACGAAUUCCGCAGAAGUGAUGGAAAGCUUUGCUCCUUACCAACAUACUUAUCAGGAUUACUACUGUUUUCAAAGAACCAAUGAUUAUUUUUUGGAAAAGGACGAAGUUAAAAGUAUUGAAGUUUGGAACUCCGAAUUAAGAACUUUAAAUGCCCAUUUCCAUGGAACACCAGAUUGUGAUUUUCAAUCAGAAUAUUCUUGUAAAGAAAAUGAAGUUUGCAGUGAAUCAUACGUUGUGGAUAAUGAGGAUGCUAGUUCGCCAUAUUCUGAUGAUUCCUUAGAUCUUAAACAAUCAGAGCUUAAUGGUAAAGGACGAAAGGAACGUACAGCAUUUACUAAAAAUCAAAUAAAGGAAUUAGAGAAAGAAUUCGAUCAUUCUAAUUAUUUGACAAGAUUAAGAAGAUAUGAGAUUGCGGUAGCUCUGGAUCUAACUGAACGACAGGUUAAAGUGUGGUUUCAAAAUAGAAGGAUGAAAUGGAAAAGAACAAAAGGGGGAGAUGAUAAAAUCAAAAUGAAACAAUCAAAAAAGAAAUUAAAUUUAUAA